GACAACCGUCAAAAUGAAUCCAUCAUAGAUUAAUGGGUGGAUUAACUUGACCUAUGUUUUUACCACCCAGGAAACUUUCCUACCAUUUCCUCCCAGCACAAUCUUCAUCUCUGUCUUUGUUUCUCACUUCUCCACCACGACCAGAGCAUCAACUUUGCCUCUUCCUUUUCGUCGACACUCACACUCCUCACCACCGUCGCUGCUCCUUCUCCCUCCAUAGCGACCCCUCGUCUACAUCUCGAUCGGAACAACUGCGGUAACCCCACGCCCCAUCUCGACCAUUGUAGUAACUGUCGCAGCCACCAUCUUGGCCUCACACAACAUUGCGAAGGGAAGGCAAGGCUGAUGCUAUUUCCCAUAUGAACACCAUUGUCAAUUCAACCAAAGGAGAUCCAGUUUUGGAAACAUUUCUGUUAUCGGCCUUUCUAUACUCUUCAACAAGGACAUAAUCGCAAAACCCUAGCACAAUUCAUCCCAACUCAGUGAAAUUCAAGUUUAUGCAUUAAAAACAUCUCAAUUAAAAGCUCCAAAUUCUGUGAAGCGUGUGUGAAAAUGGGGAGUGGAGGGUUAGAUGUUGAGUUGACGAAGCAUAGUUGUGGGUCUGCGGUGGGAGUAGAAGCGUCGGUUGAUGUGGUGGUGGAAGGAGUAGGUGGUUUGGGAAUCGGAGGAGGGGGAUUAUCUUCAGAAGGAAGCUCCGAGGUUAUCAACUCCAACAAUGGUGAUGGUGGUGGUGUGCAGGUCACGUGCUUCACUGAGGUGUUGGAGGACGUUACCCUUCAUUUUCAGAUCAUACGUCUUCACAAACAGAUCUAUGCAUGGAUUGGUUGCAACUCUGCUAGAUUUGGACGCUUAUAUGCUGCUGCACCUACCCGGCCUAACAAUACUGUGAGUGUUGCUAACAUACUUGGAGGAUCUUCUGAUAACACAGGAUCUGGUAUUGCUCGUCGAUUAGUUUUGAAGACAGGUCUAAAUGUGAUACUAGCUUGUAACAUUCCAAAGAACAGCCCCAUGCUUGAGGCUGAUGCUGAGAAAAAGUUGGUGGAGAAGUUAAUUAACUUGGGGUAUACUAGGCCAAAAUCUAAUGGAUCAUCUUCAUAGUAGAGAGUUGAGGCCAACAUGCAUUACAUGAAAGAUACAAUUAUAUGGUCAUAGCGAUUAUGCUUACAGUGCGAUACUGACUGAAGUCCAGGAAACAGCAUCAGUUGGGGGUCUUGGCAUCGUCAUGGGAUUGCGUGAUAGCUUUUUUUUUGUUUGUUUUUUUCCUCUUAAAUAAUCCUUUUGCUUGAAUGUCUUGCUGCUGAUUACAAGGUUGAGCUGAUCGUAUAGUGGACCUGCUAUGAUCAAUUGUGAAUAGUGGGGGUUCACUAUUUCGUGUGAUGGAUUAUUGAAUUCUACAAUGUAUUAGUGAUUGACAUGGCAUCACUCUUAUACUGUACUUUUUCUCAUUGUUAAAAAAAUUUGUAAGUUGUGGGUGGCUGUUUUGGUAAA